AUGGACGCUUUCAGGAAAGGCCUCCUCCCGGACAGAGAACUGAAAAUCGUUGAUCUGCAAGUUAAUAGUAUGAUCCCAGAUGAACUUUGGAGUUUGAAUUUCCUCACCCAUCUGGACUUGGCAACAAAUCUCUUGUCAGGUCCACUGUCUCCAUCUGUCAGCAAUCUAACUGCAAUAAAACACCUGAACUUUCGUCGUAAUACAUUAUCUGGGCAGAUUCCAAAAGAGUUUGGCAUGCAACCUGAGUUACUUGGUAAUUUGUCAAAUUUAGAGCAACUAUAUAUGGGAACAUUGAGACUCUCUGGUCCUCUGCCCUUUAAGCUUGGUAAUUUGACGAAAUUAAAGGAAUUAUUGAUUGACAGUUCUGGAGUGAGUGGUGACGUUCCUUCAACUUUUGCCAAUCUAAAGAACCUGGAAACACUGUAAGAACUUCUUUAUUUUGGCUGUGACAUUAAACUUACAAGAGGGAUCCUUGAUUUCACAGGAAAUUGGUCACAUCUUAAAACCUUGAGGUUUCAAGGAAACUCUUUUGGAGGGCCGAUACCGUCAUCCUUUUCCAAUCUGACUAAUCUAAUUGAGUUGAGAAUAAGCGAUUUAUUGAAUGGGAGAUCGUCGUUGGCAUUUAUAAGGAAUAUAAAAUCUUUAACUAUCUUGUAAGAACUAGGGAAUAACAAAAUUUCCGAUUCAAUUCCAUAUGACAUUGGGAACUACCAGAGUUUGGUGCAUCUGGAUCUGAGUUUCAACAAUUUAAGUGAACAGAUUCCCAGCUCGCUUUUCUAUUUGGGUUCUCUAGCUUCCCUGUUUCUCGGAAAUAAUAAGUCAACUGGCACACUGCCUGUCAAUAAAAGUGAGAAUCUUCUCUACAUAGAUGUGUCAUACAAUAAUUUAUUAGGUAGCAUUCCUUUUUGGAUAAUCCAACAAAAUUUACAACUGUAAAUUUUUAUGGGUGCAAUGUGCAUAAAUUUAGUGGCCAAUAACUUCACUCUUGAAAGUAAUAACAGUGUUUUGCCGCAUGGUCUAAACUGUCUCCAAUGCAGUUUUCCUUGCAAUCGAGGUUCUCCAAUCUAUUCUAGUUUCGCAGUUAAUUGUGGUGGUCCGCAAUUUACAUCUUCUGAUAAAAUUGUGUAUGAGAUGGAAGACGAGACUCUUGGUCCAGCUAGAUACUAUGUGACUGGCACAAACAGAUGGGGAGUUAGUAAUGUUGGAUAUUCUAUCAGGGCAAAUGUUCCGCUGCGGUUUACAAUUUCCUCAGAGUCUCAAUUCACAAAUACUGUAGACUCAAAACUUUUCCAGACAGCACGGGUUUCUGCUUCAUCUCUAAGAUAUUAUGGUUUAGGCCUUGACAAUGGAAACUACAUGGUGACUCUCCAGUUUGCAGAAAUACCUAAUCUAGAUACAACGGGGUGGCAAAGUUUUGGGAGGCGUGUUUUUGAUAUAUAUGUUCAGGGAAAUCACGUUGAAAAGGACUUUGACAUAACAAGGGUCGCUGGUGGAGUCCCUAGAAGAGCAGUUAAGAGAGAAUAUACGGCUUGGGUAUCUGAAAACUACUUGGAAAUCCACUUGUUUUUGGCUGGGAAAGGGACUUGCUGUCUUCCUUACGUGGGUACAUAUGGACCUUCAAUUUCUACCAUCAGUGCUACCCCAGAUUUCCAACCUACUGUAAGACCUCCAAGUCAGAAGAAUACAACAGGACUAAUUGUGGGAAUUAUUGUUGGUGUUGGGGUUGUAUUUUUGUUACUUCUUGCAGUUUUCUUCAUUGUCCGCAGAAGAAGGCCACAGGCUGAUGAUGAUGAACUUCUAGGGAUGGGUGUUAGACCAUACACUUUCAGUUACGAUGAACUAAGCACUGCCACAGAAGGCUUCAAUCCUGCAAAUAAGCUUGGAGAAGGAGGAUUUGGACAAGUUUAUCAGGGAACACUCAGUGAUGGAAGGGUAAUUGCUGUGAAGAAAUUAUAUGUAGCAUCCCACCAAGGGAAGAUCCAGUUUGUUUUAGUAAUUGCUACUAUAUCUGUUUUGCAGCACCGAAACCUAGUAAAACUUCAUGGAUGUUGUUAUGAGGGAGCACAACGAAUCCUUGUUUAUGAAUAACUGGAAAACAACAGUCUUGAUCAAGCACUAUUUGGAAAAGGAAGUUUGGAUCUUGACUGGUCAACGCGUUAUGAUAUAUGUUUAGGAGUAGCAAGAGGUUUAGCUUAUCUUCAUGAGGAAUCGCGGCUUCGAAUCAUACACAGAGAUGUGAAGGCCAGUAACAUUCUGCUUGAUGGUAAUCUUAUCAACAAAAUAUCAGAUUUUGGUUUGGCCAAACUUUAUGAUGAUAACAGAACCCACAUAAGCACUCGUGUCGUAGGAACAAUUGGAUAUGUUGCACCUGAGUAUACCAUGCGUGGAUAUCUUACUAAGAAGACUGAUGUAUUUUCCUUCAGAGUUGUGGCUCUAAAGGUUGUUAGUGGGCGACUAGACUCGGAUUCAAGCUUGGACGAAGAGAAGAUGUAUCUUCUUGACUGGGCUUGGCACCUAUACAAACACAACCGCCAACUCGAAGUUGUGGACUCAAAAUUGUCAAAAUUCAGUGAGGAAGAAGUACAGUGCCUGAUAGGAGUAGCACUUUUGUGUAUACAAACAGUGCCCUCUUCGAGGCCAUCGAUGUCCCGUGUGAUUGCUAUGCUCUAUAGAGAUAUUGAAGUGGGUAAAAUGAAUUUGAAGCCGGGAUACUUUACUGAAUGGACAUUUGAUAAUAUGACCACCCCUAUUAGUGAUGAUGCAGCUGAAGAUUGUGAUGAUACUAACCAUGACAACUCCUCAGCAAGCUUACGUACAAUGGACAAAACUCCACAAAGAAGUGGUACUAAAGCGGCGUCCCAUUGA